AUGAAAGUCACAUUGGACGCUAUUAUUGAUAAACUCAAAGAACGCCAAAUCAAACUAGCAUCUGAAGUGAAUGUAGAUGAGGUGGAUACUGCAUUGGGAACUGACCACUCAGAAGACCUCACUGGACCCCUUCCAUCAUCAGCAGGCUACACAUACUGCCUGACUGCAGUUGACCAUUUCACCUGCUGGCCAGAAGUCGUCGCCAUACCAGACAUCACAGCCAACAUUGGCACGUGCCCUACUGACCAGCUGGAUAUCCCGCUUCGGUUGCCCACAGGCCAUCACCACCGACCAGAUAACAGACUCAUGGAAUGUUUCCACCAGACACUGAAGACAGUCAUCAUGUGCCUCGCAGACCAUCAGUGGACUCAGACGCUUCCCCUCAUUCUCCUUGGAAUCGACACGGCAUUCAAAGAGGACGUGCAAGCAUCAGUAGCUGAGCUUGUGUAUGGUGAGCUACUAGCUCCAGCUGCCGACCCAGCGGACCCAGCACAUCUCAUCACCAAGCUCCGCCAGCACAUGGCCCACCUCAGACCACUUCUGGCAGCAUGUUACACCUCCCCGGUUACAUUCAUAUAUAGAGACCUCGAGAAGUGCACCCACGUCUUCCUCCAUCAGGAUGCAACACGCCAAGCUUUAGAGCCCCCCUACUGCGGCACCCACCAGGUCCUAUCAUGGAGGGAGAAGAAAAUGCAACUCCUUAUGCACAGGAGACCCGUCACGGUGUCAAAUGACAGGGUAAAGCUGGCCUACUUCCUCAGUGGGACUGAUGAUGGAAGCAACAACUUCAACCCACCAGUCAACACAACCCCGACCGUGGCAACACCUGCCACGCAGUCACAGACUGCCACAAGAACUGCACACUCCGGCCACAACAUCCAUUUUCCUGCUCGCUUCAACAUCUGA